CUCCCUCAUCGGACCUCACACCUUUGAUCUACCUCUGACAAAUUCCCCGGCAACAUGGCGCUGUUACAACACAAGUCGCUUGCCGACUACGCGAAGCAAGUCGCUGCGUUUGAAGAGUUUCUCGACAAGUUUGAAACAUCCAAAACCUCAGAAGAUUUGGCCGCUGAGGCCAUUGACAACCUCAACCUAGACGCAGAUCACACUAGCGAUGAAUAUGACUUCAUGGACGAUGUUGCAAAUGGCGACGAUACGACCACACGGCGACAGAAGAAGAGAAAAUAUCGCGACAUGCUGCAGGAUGUUGCCAAUCGCGAAUGCUCCAACAUCCUCGUAGAACUUGACGACCUGAAGGAGUUCGAAGAUACACUUGGUGACGAACAGAAUUUGAAAUUGGUUGAGUCCAUCACCAAAAAUACUAAGCACUACAUCGACCUUUUCGCGGACGCCGUUGACAAAGCAAUGCCAAAGCCGAGCAAGGAGAUCAGUUUCAAAGAUGACGUGGUAGAUAUCAUCCUUGCGCAAAGAGCACGAAGGAACGAAACAGUCGACUCUGCUAGAGAGGCAGACCCCGAUGCAGCGGUUCCUGUGUCCACAUUUCCUCCUGAGUUGACAAGAAGAUACACCUUGAACUUCAAACCUCUUACUCCUACGGCUGGAGAAGCUGCCAAAAAGACACUUGCUGUGCGACAAGUUCGCGGAGAGCAUCUAGGAAGACUCAUCACCGUGCGAGGCAUCACAACGCGAGUUUCUGAUGUCAAGCCAAGCAUACGGAUCCAAGCAUACACGUGCGAUCGUUGUGGUUGUGAGAUCUUCCAACCUGUAACAUCGAAGCAGUUCACUCCGAUGCAAGUAUGUCCGUCGGAGGACUGCACGGCCAACAACUCCAGAGGCCAACUGUUUCCUUCGACCAGAGCGUCCAAAUUCUUGCCUUUCCAAGAAGUCAAAAUCCAGGAGAUGGCAGACCAAGUGCCAGUGGGACAUAUUCCCAGGACAUUAACCGUUCACUGCAACGGUUCUCUAACAAGACAAGUCAAUCCUGGAGAUGUCAUUGAGAUUGACGGCAUCUUCCUUCCCACACCAUACACCGGCUUUCGAGCCAUUCGAGCAGGUUUGCUCACAGAUACAUACCUUGAAGCUCAACACAUCACCCAACACAAAAAAGCAUACCAGAAUCUCAAGAUGGAUCCCCGCGUGAUUCGACGAAUCGAGUCACACAAAGCUUCCGGACAUAUGUACGAGUAUCUGGCCAAGUCGAUCGCUCCUGAAAUUUACGGGCACCUCGAUGUGAAGAAAGCACUGCUUCUCCUGUUGAUUGGAGGUGUAACCAAAGAAAUGGGCGAUGGUAUGCGGAUUCGUGGCGAUAUCAACAUCUGCUUGAUGGGUGAUCCCGGUGUGGCCAAAUCGCAACUUCUCAAAUACAUCACCAAAGUGGCCCCUCGAGGAGUGUACACCACAGGUCGAGGUUCCAGUGGUGUCGGUCUGACUGCAGCCGUGAUGAGGGACCCUGUCACUGAUGAAAUGGUACUGGAAGGCGGUGCAUUGGUAUUGGCCGAUAAUGGUAUCUGCUGUAUCGAUGAAUUCGACAAGAUGGACGAUGGUGACCGAACGGCGAUUCACGAAGUAAUGGAACAGCAGACAAUCAGCAUUUCCAAAGCCGGCAUCACCACCACUCUGAAUGCUAGAACUUCCAUCCUAGCGGCAGCUAACCCUCUGUACGGUCGAUACAACCCUCGGAUUUCGCCCGUGGACAACAUCAAUCUCCCAGCCGCUCUUCUGUCCCGAUUCGACGUCCUGUUCCUCAUCCUCGACACUCCGUCACGAGAGUCAGAUGAGGAAUUAGCCAACCACGUCUGCUACGUUCACAUGCAUAACAGCCAUCCUGAACGAGAAGGCGACGGGGUGAUCUUCGCACCAGAAGAAGUCCGUCAAUACAUUGCACAGGCACGGACAUUCCGACCCAAUGUUCCCAAGAGCGUGUCUGAGUACAUGGUCGGCGCGUACGUGCGGAUGCGACAACAACAAAAGCGCGACGAAGGCGGCAAGAAGCACUUUACACACACGUCACCGCGAACACUACUAGGCGUACUGCGUCUGUCGCAGGCUCUAGCCAGACUCCGCUUCAGCAAUGAAGUGGUCAAUGAAGAUGUCGAUGAAGCACUGCGUCUGAUCGAAGUCUCCAAGGCCAGUCUGUAUAACGACCAGCGGAACGGUGGAGACCAGACUGUGUCAUCGAGGAUCUAUGAUCUGGUUCGCGGAAUGCGCGAGUCUGGUGCCGCAAGUAUCGGAUCUGGUGGCCCUAGAGGUGAAUUGAACCUCUCGCGGGUUCGUGAGUUGGUCCAAGCCAAGGGUUUCACGAGCGAUCAGUUCACGAGAACUAUUGAAGAGUAUGCCUUGUUGGACGUUUGGCAGGUUGCAAACAACGGCACUCGUUUGGUGUGGAUCGAGGCUGGGGAUAGUGAUGAUGAUGACAUGAGCAAUUAGAAGGCACGGAACAGUGAGGCCUGUCGGGCGACAUGCCACGAAAUACAGUAGACUCUCGACCAUUCAGGUACAGAAGCAAUGUUGUGUGUUCUUUUUGUGAGUGCUUAGGAGUGAGGCUGGAUGAUUACUAUUGGAAUGGCUUCGACCAGCACAGGGGGCGUUGAGAAAAAUCGUAACAUGCCCUGGCCUUGAGAUUGAUUGAAAUUAUAUUUUUCCAUCGACCUGCCUGAAGGGAAAUGGUGUUUAGAAAGAAAAUCAAGAACGCCACAUCAGAU